GAAAGAAAGAAACGUAAGAAUCGUAACUGAUAAUAAUGUUUUCAGGUUUAUGAAGAUUUUUACUUAUCUUGGACUUAAAAGAGAAAACACCAGUUGACACGUUGACUUCUUUUAGUGCAGAAGUGAUUCAAUUAUUCUAUUGCACAGUGAAGUUAUUUUAAACGUAUUAAAAAUUGAACAUAGAUAUUAUUUACAUUCAAGUUCUCAUUAAAAUAUUUGUUAAGCUAUGUUACGAAAUAUUUCAAUUGUUUAUUAUUAAUAGUUUCUUUUCAGAUUUAUACACCGAAUACAAUUGAUUAAGUUUAAAAACAUAAAACGAAUCAUGAUUGUCAUAGCAGUAUUAUUUUUCAUUGUUCUAUCUUCAAAUCCGUUGAUAGGAUUUAUACGAUUUCUAUGGCAGUACCUCUUUAAUACUAAACCGAUCAAUCUAAAGCAACAAUUUGGAAACUGGGCAGUUGUGACCGGAUCGACUGAUGGCAUUGGAAAAGAAUACGCAAAGGAAUUGGCAAAAAGAGAUAUUAACAUUAUAUUAAUCAGCAGAUCUAUUGAAAAAUUGAGAACAACAAAAAACGAAAUAAGCUCACUUAAUUCAAAUAUUAAAAUUAAAAUAAUUCAAGCAGAUUUUAGCGAAGGAAAAGAUUCAAUCGAAAAGAUUGCCAAUGAAGUAAAAGAUAUUCCAAUCGGAAUAUUAGUCAACAAUGUUGGGACCUUCUCCGAGUGCCCCAUGUACUUCGGAGAGUAUUCGAGAACUGAUUUAUGGAAAAUGAUCAAUGUGAAUAUUGGAGCAAUGACAUUGAUGACUCAUAUGUUCAUUGAACAGAUGAAGAAAAGAAGAAAAGGUGCUAUAGUUAAUGUUUCUUCAGGUACAGAAGCCACACCACUGCCGCUGAUGUCAUUUUAUGCAGCGAGUAAAACACUUGUGCGCUAUUUUUCGGAUGCAAUCCGAGCUGAACAUUCACAGUUCGGGCUCACAGUACAAACUCUCUCACCUUAUUACGUCACCACCAAAAUGGUCAAAUAUAAUCCUGUAGUACAGGGUCAUCAAGUAAUGUUCCCCGAUGCAGCAACCUACGCCAGAAAUGCAAUCACCACUUUAGGAAAAUUAGAUUCUACAGCUGGCUACUGGGUGCAUGAUUUGUUUCAUUUUUUGGCUUUAAUAGUACCAAUGUGGAUUAGAACGAAAUUUGCUUUUAUUAUUACAAGCCUAGAACGAAAAAAUUAUUUCAAUUCACACAAGGAAAAUAUUGAUUGAUCAAUUUAUUUAUCAUAUAUUAUAUAGCAGUAUAUUACGAUCAGGCAUAAUAUUAGCCCCCAAGCGCAAGCGAGAUAUUUGCAUCGCAAGUGUCGCACAACAUUUUAUAGUACUACCGAUCUUAAAUCAGUACUCGAUUCAAUUAUGUGUGCUAUGAAAAUUAGGGCUCUGUUGGCGUCACCGAAAGAGCAAAACAAGUUUUUCCAGGUAUUUUCUUAAAUACAUAAAUUAAUCAACUUGAAACUAUUUCAGCACAUAGUGCAUAUAAACAAAGAGCCGUAAUGAGUUGCUUUUUUGAAAAUUGUCUUGAAAAUAGAGAAAACAAAAUAAAAACUACGAAUAGAGACAUUCUAAGACAAUUUAAAAUAACAUAUCUUUAUGACUCUUUGUACAUGUUUGAUGUACGUUCAGAAAAAAUUUUUGCUCAGUUAGUAACUCCAACAGACCGUUAAGAUAGGUUAGUUCUGCUUCUGCGCCACAAGAUUAGCGCUCGAGCACCAGCGGGUGUUCUAAGUCGGUGCCAAAAUGAACUAUUUAAAGAGAUUUCGGAGUUAUAUAAAAUAAUAGUCAAAUCGUAAUAAAAUUGAAAAUUAUAAUCAAAAUAAUAAUUAGAACAUCAGAAAUGCAUCAGAAAUUUUUCAAUAUUUAUUGUCAUCGUAAAUGAAAAGAAAAUGGUUUGAAAAGUUUACCUCUUAUACACGGGCUCUUAUGGGAUACGUAGUAUUGCAAACGAUCGAUUCACUUAGAGUGUAAACGCAAAAGAAAUCCAUAGAGCAAUAAAGAAAACUUAAUACAUGUAAAAUGAAUAUUAGGAAACCUAAUUCCAAAGUUUGACCUAAAGUCAUCACAGAAAAACGUAAAUCAAUUAAAAUAUGAAUCUCGAGUUUAUAGGUAAUGCGGGGUGGUGCGCCAGGCGAGGAGCCUCGCGCGCUGUGAGAGGGACGUCCGCUUCUUAAAUCACAGAUAGACGUUAUUUAAGUGUUGAUUUUAGCGACAUAGUACUAUAAAGAAGUUUAAUGAUACAUAGGAAAUUUAAACAAUAUUCUAUCGUAUAUUUUUAUAACAGUAAAUUUGUGAACGCACAGAAAUAACAAAUUUAUGUGGGCGAACAGAGAUGUGUGACUACGAUACUGCAAAAUAAUAAUUAAAAUGAAAUUGUACAUUAUAAAAGUUGUUUGGAAAUUUAUUAAAAAUCAUAUAUUAUUAUGAAUUUUAUGUGUUGAAAAAAAUGACCUAUUCUAUUCUUCUCUUUAUAUUUAAUUACAUGUAAUUUUAUCAAUAACUUUAAAUAAAUCAUUUCAGGGAUUCUAC